GGUGCACACUCGUAGAUGCGCUGCGCGCGUAAUUCGUAUUUUUAUUUUGUGACGGUUUCUUUCGAACUUUUGUAAACUAUGGAAUUAACCUAAUGGAUUAUUUUCAAGUGAUGUGACAAUUUGUAGAUUAAUUUCGAAGAGUGGUUUGUUUUUUUUCUUCAAGAUGGAAUUGAGGUCUGCGUUUUGGACAGUUGUGUUGGGCCUGAUUUUUGGUGCGGAGGCGGGGAUGAUGGGUGAUCAGUGCGACUGGACUGGCAGUGGGCUGACCAGCAACGCGGAACGAGGCGUGACACCGGUGUACCUGCGAUGUCGGGAAGGGCUCGUGUCCUGGGUGUACCCCCGAGGCGCGCUGAGGCUGCUCUUCAAGCCGCCCAUGCCUGCUGACGAGCGCGACUUCCAUGUCUGUGUGCGAGUCGUACGACGACCUGAUCCGCCGGACUUGUUCCACGAUGAUCGGCUUAACGAUACAAAAGCCGAACGCUUUCCCGCGCGGUUGUUCGUCGAGGGCGCCCACAAGCUGGUGCCUCUCUACGCGCCAGACGACGGUGAUCCUCGGGAGCUGCGCUGCUUCCGCAGCCGCCGCGGCCGCGCCGCGCUCUACGUGGAGGCCGAGCCCGAGGAGGGCACCCAGCGACGCGAGGCCACGUUGAGAUACGAGGCCAGGCCUCUGAACAGGCGGCAUUAUGAUCCCGCCACGGCAGACUGCAGGCCAUGCACUGAAGAGGAACUGGAACUAGCGUUCUGCACUAGUGAUUUAGUGUCCCGCGGAACGUUCGUGGGCGCCGAGCAGCGGUCCGACCUGGACAGCACGCAGCUCACGCUGCGGCUCAGCAAGCUCAUCCGCGCCACCGGCAGCGCCGGGCCCGACCCCCGCACGGACGAUGCGGCGGACGACAAUUAUUAUAGGUACGAGGUAGACAACGCGCUAGAGCGCACGACGCACCGCAACCACCGGCGGCGGAAGGCGCGGAGCCUGCACGCACACAUCCACGUGUCGUCGGUGUGCGGCGCCGCGGCGGGCGCGGGCGAGUUCCUCGUGAUGGCGCGCCGCCGGCUCGGCCGCUACUCGCUCGUCUGCGCGCCGAGGGUCGAGGACUGGGAGGACCUUGUGGAGAGGCGGAGUCGAGAUGGAAAUGCACAUUGCUCGUUGCAACAUUAGUUCGACUGAUGUGAAAUACACGAAGUGUGAAUAGAGAUCAUACGAAUCUACUAUAAUGUAUGAAACCAUACGAUCAUAAAUUGACAAAGAGCAGAAUACGACCCUGGUCCGAAGCUAAGGUUUUAUCCUUCAGCACUGGAAGCCGUUGAUUGAGAUCGGCGCAUUGGUAGUUGUGGCCCAGUGCAGACAGCAGUGAACGACUUUUGGCUGAUAUGACGGUGAUACGAUCAGAUGUUCUUUCCCAAUUUCCAUCUCUUUCUCUUCACAGUUUCCAUGAAUACAUGAAAAUGACCUACCGUCGUAAGGACAUAAUCGUUAUUAGAUGCAGACCUUUCAAUAUGAUUCCAAAGACCGCCUCAAUAUUACGAUUCAGGUUUGCAUAAAGCGAUUUUCUUUCCAUCUUUAAUUUACGGUGAAAAUCCACACAUAAAAGAAGAACUUUACAAAAGUGGAGCUAUUGUAGAUAAUUAUUGCAAUAAUCAAUUGAUUCAUACCUAUAUCGAUUGAUAUUGAUAUAUUUUUCUGAAGAACACAUUAUGAAAAUAACUGGUAUCUGAUAUCUUACAUGGAAACGCAGUGCCUAUAAACUGUUUAUUUAUAAUAUAAAAAAAGUUGGUACACCGGCUGCGAUAUUGCAUCGCCACUAUGAACUCAUAAUGUGGCCAAGCAAUUCUGCAGCUAGGCGUACAUUUAACUUUAAAGAACCUUAAAGUUGCUUGCCAUAGAAAAUUGCAAAUUGUUGCAAUUUUGUAAAGUAGGUACAUAUAUCUAAAAGAAAUCAUAUUAUUUUCUUUUUGUACAUAUAAUUAUACUUUUUAAUGAUGUGCCGCUACAUCUGAAACACCAAUAUGCAUCAUUAUAGUGAUAAAAUAUCUCAUUGCAGAAUAGGUAUCAAAAGUCAAAUCUCUAUUGCUGUUUUAGAUGUCGCGUUAAAUAGGUUUAACAUUCAAAAUGUGGUCCAGAGUGCCAAAUCUGUAAGAUCUUCAGAGUAGAUGUAAGGUUGAUCUCAACUUGUAUAUAUUAUCAUAGAAACGGACUUGUUUAGAUGAACAAAUGUGAGAUAUACUAAUUUGAGGAAAACAAAUGAAUUCAAUUAUAUAACGAAGAUUUAGAGCAGAAAAAAAUGUGGAGGUGACGUGGUGCGUGAGAGAAAAGUUGCAAAAAACGUUCAUUAUUUUAUGAUCCUGAGUGGCCUGAGCAAGGGUUUUAUUGUUACAAAACUAUUCCAUAAGUAGUUGGUAAAUAACAAUAAGAACUAUUUGUAUAAAAGUCCUUGCACCAUUUAUUUAGGGCUUUACUCUCGUCGC